CAAGGCACCUCUUCCAAACUCGAUGUUAGCCGACUCGUCUGAAAUGGCUAUCACCAGGGAACGCGUGCGGCUCGGCUUUUGCAAAGUGCACUUAAGCAGGAGCCGAUGCAAUACAGUUCACGCGUGAACUGCACUUCACGUUCCUCGGUCUGUCUACAGUUGGUUCGCGUGCCAGGGCUCCAGACGUCCUGCGUGUAGCCUCUCGAACAAUGAAGCAGAACGCUGGCUACGGGCUCGGACCCAGACUCAACACCACGCUCGCUUCACUGUUUCUCUUACUCUUAUCUUCUGGUGAUGUUUUCGGUGCAACAACCUAUACCGACUUAGUCAAUUUGUUCAUCGGGACAGCAUCUGGGGCGAAUGGCGGGAGUGGCGGAAAUGCGUUUCCUGGUGCGGCGGUUCCACAUGCUAUGGUGAAGGUUGGCAUCGAUGUUGACACGACACCGAGGCAAGCGGGGUAUAUCGCUGAUGAUUCGCCUGUCACUGGCAUUUCGCUGAUGCAUGAUGAGGGAACGGGCGGGAAUACAGCAGGGGGAUAUGGGAUCUUCCCGCUCUUCCCGUUGACUAAUUGUACUUUUGACGCGUGCCCCGUCGCGCUGGACUCGAGAAAGGCAUUAAGAGCUGCGAAUGCUGAUAAGGCAUCACCGGGUUAUUUCACAUCUGCGUUCGAGAACGGAAUCAAACUAGAGGCGACGUCGACGCGCCAGGCUGGUUUGAUCAAGUUCACCUACCCGGCGGACUUGAAUGGCACAUUCGUUGUAGUUGAUCUGGCAAAUGACCUUCAAAGGUCGUUCGAAGGCGGAAACCUCGAUAUUGAUGCCGACUCGGGCAGGGUAACGCUCAAGGGCACGUACCUUCAGAGUUACGGGACGGACAACUACACUGCAUUUGGGUGUUAUGAUUUCACGCCUCCGAGUGGGAUCGGCACUAAUCAAUCCUUCGUUCAAUUCGGAACGUACCAAUCCGUCAGUUCCAGUAACAAGACCAAUGUUACCAUCGUGGAAGAUACCGGAACUAUAUCCUUUGCAGGUUCUAGUUCGCCAUUAGGCAUUGAAGCUGGCGCUCUUCUUGCCUUUACGACUCCAUCUCCCGUGACGCAACGAACGAUUCUUGCACGAUUCGGUGUGUCAUUCAUCAGCACCGACCAGGCAUGCUCGAACGCGGAAGCAGAGAUCCCAGACUGGGAUUGGGACAUAGUGCAGAAUGCAUCUGUAGCCAAGUGGGAGGACGUCCUAAGUCGGAUCGAGAUUGAUACGAAAAAGGAGGAUGUUGAAGUUGUUGAGCUCCUAUACUCCUCUCUAUAUCGCUCGCAACUCGUUCCCGCUAAUCUUACUGACGAGAAUCCGUAUUGGGAUUCACCGUAUCCAUUUUAUGACGCACUGUUUUGUUCAUGGGACACCUUUAGGACUGUCCAUCCUCUGUUAUCCAUCACGUCACCUCGAGAAUGGGCAGAGAUCGUCAAUGCUUAUGUAGAUGGUUGGCGUAACACCGGCGAGUGGUACAUACCGGAAUGCCGGGACAACACGAAAAAGGGUUAUGUUCAAGGCGGAAGCGAUGGGAUGCCAAUUCUAGGUGAUUUCGCUGUCAAAUAUAACACACGUGCAUCCGAGCUUGGAGUACCUACCGAUGACCUCUAUCAAGCCCUGGUUGAUACCGCUGAGAACACGCCGCCUGAUUGGUACAUGGUUGGUCGUCAAAACACGGCAUGGAAGACCUUUGGAUACAUACCAACGGACUGGACUGACCCAUCGGGUUCAACUGGCCUCCCUACUCGUGAAGUCUCCCGAGCGCUGGAGUAUGCAGUAGGCGACUUCGCAGUCCGUCAGGCGGGGAUUGCUCUGAACAAAUCCACGAGCGAUAUCGCCAAGUAUGAGAAUAGAUCAAUGAAUUUUCUGAAUCAUUGGCAUCCGAACGUCACAAGCGACAGCUUUAUAGGAUUCAUGCAGCGCCGAUUUCCAAACGGAACAUUUGCCUUCAGCGAUCCCGUCGCUUGCUCUCCGAUUGACACUGUCGGUCAUUCCUGUGCCCGGGGAACGGAUAACAACGUUGGGUUCUAUGAAUCGUCGUCAUGGGAAUACAGCUUCUUCGCACCCCACUCGAUGUCGUCGAUUGUCGAUUUAAUGGGCGGGGACGAUGCGUUCGUCAACAGAACGACUCACUAUUUUACCAAAGGUUAUUUCUUAGCAGGGAACGAACCCUCGUUCUCGAUGCCCUUAGCUUUCCACUACGCGAACAGACCCGAUCUUUCUGCACUCAGAAUGAGGAGCGUAGUAUUUGAUAACUUCAAUACAGGGAUUGGAGGGAUUCCAGGUAAUGAUGACAGUGGCGCAAUGGGUGCGCUCCUUGCAUUCCACAUUCUGGGGUUAUAUCCAGUUCCAUCAUCAAGGCAGCUCCUCUUGAACUCCCCACUCGUCUCCGGCUUCAUAAUUCAUAACGACCUGCUUGGAACCUCUACAGAGUUCACUGUCUCGGGAUUUGACCCAGCCUCUGUGUCAGCCAGCCCACCCUCCGGUGCAAAGCUGUAUGUGACGAAUGUAACAGUUAAUGGACAGCCGCAUGAGAGUCUAUGCUGGCUUUCGUUCGAAGACGUCGUUGGUGGUGGUGAGAUUGUGAUCAGUGUGGAUGGGGAUGCGGCUUCUGCACAAACAAGAGGAUGUGGAGUCGGGGAACAUGCCCUGCCUGAUUCGCUUGCCUCAGGUGGGUUCCAAAGAUAG